CACCUCCAUUGAUCUUCUCAUUCUUCUCUCUGCAAAUUUCUUCUUCUUCUUCUUCUUCUUCCUCCUCAUCCUGAUCCACCAUGGUUCUUUCCAAGACUGCUUCUCAGUCGGAUGUCUCCGUCCAUUCCACGUUCGCUUCGCGAUAUGUGCGAACCUCUCUCCCGAGAUUCAAAAUGUCGGAAAAUUCAAUCCCUAAGGAAGCUGCGUUCCAGAUCAUCAAUGAUGAACUCAUGCUCGAUGGAAACCCUAGGCUGAAUCUGGCCUCCUUCGUUACCACUUGGAUGGAGCCUGAGUGCGAUAAACUCAUCAUGGCCGCCAUUAACAAGAAUUACGUCGAUAUGGAUGAAUAUCCUGUCACUACAGAGCUCCAGAAUCGAUGUGUGAACAUGAUAGCUCACUUGUUCAAUGCCCCAUUGGGGGAGAAUGAGACGGCGGUGGGAGUUGGAACAGUGGGAUCGUCGGAGGCCAUAAUGUUGGCUGGCUUGGCUUUCAAGAGAAAGUGGCAGAACAGAAGGAAGGCUGAAGGCAAGCCCUAUGACAACCCCAACAUUGUCACCGGAGCUAAUGUCCAGGUAUGCUGGGAGAAAUUCGCAAGGUACUUCGAGGUAGAACUGAAGGAGGUGAAAUUGAGGGAAGGUUACUACGUGAUGGACCCAGAGAAAGCUGUGGAUUUGGUUGAUGAGAACACCAUCUGUGUAGCAGCCAUCUUGGGCUCCACUCUCAAUGGAGAAUUCGAAGAUGUGAAGGUCUUAAACGAUCUCUUAAUCGAGAAGAACAAGGAAACCGGAUGGGAGACUCCUAUUCAUGUUGAUGCUGCGAGUGGAGGGUUCAUUGCCCCAUUCAUAUACCCUGAUCUGGAAUGGGACUUUAGGCUGCCCCUUGUAAAGAGUAUUAAUGUGAGUGGCCAUAAGUAUGGGCUUGUUUAUGCUGGAAUUGGUUGGGUUAUCUGGAGGAACAAGGAAGACUUGCCUGAAGAACUCAUCUUCCAUAUCAACUAUCUUGGCGCCGACCAACCCACUUUCACUCUCAAUUUCUCCAAAGGUGCAUACCAUUUUGUUCUAAUCUCUGUUCUUCAAUAUGGCCCUUUUCUUUUUAAAGCUUACUUUUUAUUGUUUUCUGUAGGUUCUAGCCAAGUCAUUGCUCAGUAUUACCAAUUGAUCCGCUUGGGUUAUGAGGGAUACCAGAACGUGAUGGAGAACUGCAAAGAAAACAUGAUUGUUCUCAAGGACGGACUGGAAAAAACAGGGCGGUUCAACAUUGUGUCCAAGGACGAAGGAGUUCCACUAGUGGCAUUCUCCUUGAAAGACAGCAGUCGUCACACAGAGUUUGAAGUCUCAGAAAUGCUUAGGAGGUUCGGGUGGAUCGUGCCAGCUUACACGAUGCCUCCGGACGCGCAACACAUUACAGUUCUAAGAGUGGUGAUCCGAGAAGAUUUCUCACGCACACUUGCUGAGCGUCUAGUGAAAGACAUUGAAAAGGUGAUGCACGAGCUGGACAUCCUCCCGUCAAGGGCUGAUAUCAGAGAAGAGACAAACCACGUCGUGGUGGCGAAGAAGAGUGCACUGGAGACACAGAGGGAGAUCACCACUGCUUGGAGGAAGUUUGUGAUGGAUAAGAAGAAGACUAAUGGAGUCUGUUAGAGUUGGAAGGCAAAGGGUAUGCGUUAAUUGAGAGCAACGGAUGAGGUUGGUAGUUGGGAAUGAGAGUUUUCAUAUGGUUGAAGCUUGUGUUGAUUCUAUUCAGCAUAGCUCCUGUUUUCUGUUUUAAGGACAAACUUGUCGUUCUUUGUUUUGAGGUUAAUUUUUAUGAUGAGAAAUGAACUAUACCUGCCUAUAAUGGAUCAGGUAUGUGGGUCUUUUUGUUUUAA